AUGAAAGAGAAAAUCACUUCUUGGGCUGCUGAACUCAAGCCUGCACGCUUGUUGCCGUGUAUUUAUUAUAUAACAACAGUCAUUUCUUUCAUCAUCUUCUUCUUAAAACUUCGACAUGGCGGAAUCGCGGAAGAGAUAACUGUCGAGAAGAAAGUGGUGAGGUACAAAACAACAGAGCUUGAUGAAGAUUUUCGAAGAAAGUUGCAAGGCUAUUUUGAUUUCAGAGAAGCCAGAAGCUUCCCAAAUUGUGAAUCACUUAUCAAGGAAGAUACUGGGGAACUUGAGAGAGUUCAGCAACUAAAAACUUCCACGAAAAUCGACUCGCUUUCAUUUCCAAAUGGAGCGAUUUCCACCUUUAUUCAAGAAACAAGCUGCCAAGAAUACUUCAAAAUCCGAAACUACCCGAAUUUAAAUUCACCUCAAAGAACCGAUUUCCCUCUUGCUUAUUCGAUGGUCGUCCACAAAAACCCAGGCCAAGUUGAGCGACUGCUACGGGCGAUAUACUCGUCUGAGAAUGUCUACUGUAUUCAUAUCGAUGCCAAAUCACCAUACGAUGUUUAUAGCGAUCUCGAAGAGCUAGCCAGUUGUUUUCCAAAUGUUUUUCUCGCGGGAAAAAGAGAAAGCGUCCUUUGGGGAUCGUACGAGCGUUUCCAAGCUGAUCUUAACUGCAUGGAAGAGCUUCUGGAGCAUCAAAUCCAGUGGAGAUAUUUAAUCAACGUUUGCGGAGAGGAUUUUCCCCUGAAAACAAACUCUGAAAUUGUCGAUCAUCUCCGGUCAAUUUAUCCACAAAACUCGAUCACCAGUGAAACGAUGCCAAAGAAGAAGCUCAAGCGCUACCAAAGGCACUGGAGGAUCAAAAGAAAUUUCUUCAGAGAAUAUAAAUUUAUCCCGAAACCGACGAUUUGGAGAAAAUCACCGCCGCCUAUUGAUAUUGAAAUUUAUGCUGGAAGUGCGUAUAAUAUGGUGACCAGGGAGUUUGUGAAUUGGAUGACGAAAGAUGAAGAAGUAAAGGAGCUGAUUGAGUGGUCUAGAGAUGCUUUUUCGCCAGAUGAGUUUAUUUGGGCAUCGAUUGCUUGGAUGGAACGCGCUCCAGGGCAUGAAUUUCAAAUGAAGAAUAGCACGAACGAAUUCUCCCGUCUGAUUUUAUGGACAAAUGCGAAAUCACCUCCUCAUCAUUGUCAAGGAUACACUCGGCGCGGCGUUUGCGUUUUCGGAAGUGGCGAUCUCGCGUGGGUGACCAAUCGGCCUCAUAUGUUCGCAAACAAGUUCGACGAUCAUGAUGAUUUUGCCAUUCAAUGCCUGGAAGAAGAAUUAAGGAGGAGAACUAAUGAUCAUGAAGAUCAGCUGAAACUCGAGAAGAAAACGUCUGAUAUAGUCUAA